AUGCGUUUCGUCACCGUUGCUAUCUCUGCCCUUGUGGCCAUGGCUUCCGCCUACACCCAGCCCGACUACUCCAAGUCUCCUCAGGGCAAUGCCAUCCUGAAGCCCGGUCUGAACGAGCAGGUUCCUGUCGGCAAGCCCUACACCAUUACGUGGGAGCCCACCACUCAGGGCCCCAUCUCCCUGGUCCUCCUGCGCGGCCCCAGCACCAACGUCGUUCCCCUCACUACCAUCGUUGAGUCGAUCCCCAACACGGGCUCGUACUCCUGGACUCCCAGCACCGACCUCGAGAACGAUGUCACCCACUACGGUCUCCUGCUUGUCGUCGAGGGUACUGGUCAGUACCAAUGGUCGACCCAGUUCGGCAUCUCCAAUCCCGAGGAGGCUGCCGACACUCCUGCUGCCAGCGUGACCCCGACCACCUCCGCCGCUCCCGAGGUCGAAACCCCCGCUGCUUCUGCUCCCGCUGGCCCCGAUGUCACCCUCAUCACCACCGAGACGACCACCUGGUGCCCCGAGUCCACUGCCAAGCCCACAUCGAUCCCCGUCAUCGUUCCCACCGGUGGUCCUUCCAUCCCCUCUGGCUCGCCUACUCCUUCUGCCUACCCCAGCAGCACUCUGAUCAGCAAGACCUACAGCCCCAGCGGCCCCUCUGGCACGAGCCCGACUCCUAGCCUCUUCACUGGUGCUGCCGACCGCACCGCUGUCAGCGUCGGUGCUGUUGCCGCUGGUGUUCUCGCCGUCUUCGCUUUUUAA